AAGGGUGCACAACCAAAGUCCAGUUGGGCCCUCAUGAAGAAUCCCGAGGGAGUCAAUAUCGAUCUCUUUGUCUCCCAUGCAUGGGCCGAAGGAAUCUUUGAAUUUGCCAAUCAUUUGCUCAACGAAUGGCCCGAUGACUGCCAUGCCGCCUACAUUUGCUUCCUUUCCAAUCCGCAAAACCUAGAUACGGACUUGUACCUGGGUAGCCCUGGUUGUCUCGAAGAGUAUGCCUUUUACCAGGCUAUACAGAGCCAGCACUUGAAGCGAAUGGUCAUGAUUUCUACCCCUAAUCUACCCAUUCACAGGAGAGCUUGGUGUUGUUAUGAGGCAUACCUCGCCUUGCAACGAGAUCUGCCUGUCACUAUCGGUGGCGACAAGAAAUACUUGGCGACCAUGGUCCGAGAAUACCGAAAAACCAAGAAACUCGAGAAAAACGUACGACACGUGGCGCGACACCGCAAUCUCAAUUCCUCCAUUCGCCUCCUGCUCGACGCCGUCGAGUUUGUCUCCAAGUGGUUGGUCGAGCUCGUGACCAUUCUCGCUAUUUGCCUCGCGGUGACAGUCCUCUUUCCCGUCACCGUCGCGGCAUGUUUCUUGACCCCCAUUAUUCUCCUCGAAGAUCGUCUGCCAACCCUAGUCAAGAUUUUUGUGGCGGCGCCCUGCAAGGCACUGUAUUUUGCCUUUUGUGGGUCCCUCCGUUUCGCCAUUGAAUGGUUGUAUUCCAACCCGUUCUUGAAGGCUGCCGCGGGCUUGGUGUACUUUGUCUUCUUUCCUCUCAUAUUUCUGCUCCAAUUCCUGUGGGCACAAGCAUCGGGAUUGGUGGUUGCCGUCGAUGAGGCCAUCCAAAAACGAGUGGAAGAACAAGAGCUGAAUGAAAUCAUUCGGAUUGAUGUCGAUGUGGGGCUAGCUCAAGCCAGUACGGAGAGCGAUCGCAAGGCAAUUUUGAGCGCCAUCGGAGAGGAUGUAAAGCUGGUCAACAGUAUGCUCACCAAGCUCAUCUUGGGGGAAGCCAAGAACAAGAUCCGAGGCGCACAGUGCGCUGUACAGUGA